CUCCGCAUUUCCAACCUUUCUUCUAAUAACUACUAGUUCUACUCCAUCGUCUGAUCCACACGCUUCCUUUCUUUUAAUUCCAAGUCCAUUCCUCUUGUCCCCUUAUUCUUCACUCUUUCAUUUAACCUAACCAAAGAACCACUCACCCAAACUCCAGAGAAGAACCACGCCAUCAACAAUGCCCGCCUCCACACGCAUCCCCCCCAUCGCCCUCCCCUUCGUCAGCGACCGCGCCAAGAAGACCCUGGAUCUGGUCGAAGAAUUCGUCGAGAAGGACUGCAUCCCCGCCGAGGCCGUCUUCCAGGCCCAACUGGGCCAGGGCGAGCAGCGAUGGACCACCCACCCGGCCGUCAUGGAGACCCUGAAGGCCCGCGCCCAGCAGCUCGGCCUGUGGAACAUGUUCCUGCCCAAGAACCACUUCGCCCAGGGCGCCGGCUUCUCGAAUCUGGAGUACGGGCUCAUGGCCGAGUAUUUGGGAAAGAGUCUGAUUGCUUCCGAGGCAACGAAUAACGCCGCCCCGGACACGGGCAACAUGGAGGUCCUGGCCAAGUACGGCAACGAGGCGCAGAAGCAGCAAUGGUUGACGCCGCUGCUGGAAGGCCGGAUUCGGUCUGCGUUUCUGAUGACCGAGCCGGAGGUGGCGUCGAGCGAUGCCACGAAUAUCCAGCUGAAUAUUCGGAGGGAAGGGGAUGAGUAUGUCUUGAAUGGAUCGAAAUGGUGGUCCUCCGGCGCCGGCGACUCCCGCUGCGCCAUCUACCUGGUGAUGGGCAAAUCCGCGCCCGACCACCCGGACCCCUACAAGCAGCAAUCCGUGAUCCUGGUGCCGGCGCACACGCCGGGGAUCACGGUGCACCGGAUGCUGACGGUGUACGGGUACGACGACGCGCCGCACGGCCACGGGCACAUCAGCUUCGAGAACGUGCGGGUGCCCGCGGCCAACCUGGUGCUGGGCGAGGGCCGCGGGUUCGAGAUCAUCCAGGGCCGGCUGGGGCCGGGCCGCAUCCACCACGCGAUGCGCACGAUCGGCGCCGCCGAGAAGGCGCUGGAGUGGCUGAUCGCGCGCAUCAACGACGACCGCAAGCAGACCUUCGGCCGGCCCCUGGCCAGCCACGGCGUCAUCCUCGAGUGGGUCGCCCGCUCGCGCAUCGAGAUCGACGCCGCCCGCCUCGUCGUCCUCAACGCCGCCAUCAAGAUCGACCUCGGCGACGCCAAGUCCGCCCUCCGCGAGAUCGCCCAGGCCAAGGUCCUCGUCCCCCAGACCGCCCUCGCCGUCAUCGACCGCGCCGUCCAGGCCUACGGCGCCGCCGGCGUCUGCCAGGAUACCCCCCUCGCCUACAUGUGGGCCCUGAUCCGGACGCUGCGCAUCGCCGACGGGCCCGACGAGGUGCAUCUGCAGCAGCUCGGGAAGCGCGAGAAUCGCGACCGCAAGGCCGAGAUCCGCCAGAAAUUGGACUGGCAGCGCGGCGAGGGCGAGAGGUUGUUGAGCCAGUCCGGGUUGAAGAUUAAGGGCCGGUUGUAGUUUUGGGUUCUCAGUUUGUUUGCUCUACUCGCAUAUUUGGUUAAGUGAAGUAGGUUGAUACCUUUUUGCAAAUACUCAGGAAAACUAGGAAGAACUCCAUAGGGUUAAGGUAUAUCGGAAAUGUAUGUAAGAUUUCAUAGCCUCAUUCCCCAUGCACGAAGUAAUAACGAAAACCCAUAGACCAUGAUAACAUAAA